AUGAAUUCUGUCGCGAACGAGACUGUCGAGUUUGAGCUGCCGUACUUCAAAGAGCCUCACUGGUUAGAGAUCGUUCGCUUGACACUCGAGUUCUUCAUCGCAACUCUCGGCAUAGUAGGAAAUGUCGUGGUAUGCUUAGUCAUAACUUUCCAACCCCAGAUGCAGACCGUUAUCAACUUCUACAUUAGAAACCUCGCCAUUGCAGAUCUAGGAAUACUUCUCUUCUCCUUCCCGCUAACGGUAAUUAAGGAACAAGAUCCAUAUCACUGGCCCCUGGGUGAAUACUUCUGUCGGUUUCUGUAUCCUGUCAAUGAUAUAUUUUACGGUGUUUCAGUGUGGUCCAUAACCUUGAUUGCCAUAGAUCGCUACAGAGCAAUAGUUGGAGGCCGUAUUCCUAAGCGAAAUUCCCUCAAUUUCAGAUCAGCAAGAUGGAUGAUUCUUGGCGUGUGGAUAAUGUCCUUCUUGGUCAUCUCCCUGCCUUUGUAUUUCGUGAUGACGUUCAUUGACCAGAACUCGUACAUCGAUUGUACUCCAAUCUGGCCGAGCGCCGAGCGAGGAAAUCUGGGAGAGAUGCAACAAAUCUACAGUAUCGCGAUCAUUGUAUUCUGGUAUGUUCUGCCACUCACCAUUAUCGUUGGAACAUUCCACAGCAUUUCAGUAAAGCUCCGAGUCAGCACUAACUUUAACAGAUCCAUACAAGAAGAGUGUAACGAAUCCGAAUCCCGCAACGCUCGCAAAAGACUUCGUGAGCGACAAAACAGUAGAGCUAAGAAGCUUUUAACACCUGUCGUAAUAGUUUUUGCUGUCACUAUGCUUCCCGUUAAUGUUUUCCGCCUCUCGGUUAUGUAUUGGGAAGGAAUUUCUAAGCACAAAUACUUGUGGGUUUUUUACAAUGUUUGCGUGAUCUUCGUCAUUGCAAACUCGUCGGCAAAUUUUUUCAUUUACUCCCUUGUGAGCGACGAGUUUCGCCAAAGUUUUAAGCGCCUCAUUUGUCGUAAUUCUAACUCUACUUCUCGUAGUACAACAGACAGAACUGUUCGAAGUCCACUUCACAGUCCUUUAAACCUAAGUCCUACAAAUUUAUACCCAACCAACACUGACAGACAAGAAUAA